CAGCCUGGGAGACAGAGCAAGACUCUGUCUCACAAAAAGCAAAAAAAAAACCGAAUUCUGGGUUUGAAUCCUGCCUUGCCGUCUGCUAGGGAUAUGAUUUAGGGCAAGCUGCUUGAGCUUUUCAGGCCUCUCUUUUUACAUCUGUAUAAUAGAGGUUCUAUUGUUUGACUUCCAUUUGUGAGGUUUAAAUGAGAUUUGUUAUUGUUGUUUUUAUGUUAAUCCCUAGUACAUGGCCUGCUGUAAACACUCAGCGCACCCAGGAUAUGGUCAUUGCUCUUUGAUUUUCCUCAUCCCCAGUCUCAAGGGGAAGCCAGGACAAUGAGAACAGCCACUUGCCAUCAGGAGUCAGUGAUUUCAGGCCCCAGGGUGGAAUGGUGGGGAAAUAACCAUGAGAGAAGUUGGCACGAAGUAGUUAUGGGACAAAGGGUCCAAGAGAGACAGAAAAGAAAAUGUUGCCAGUUGAUGUGAAUGAAAGGAAGUCAGAGGGCUUAGACACUGAGGGGAACAGAAUAUGUCCAUGUGUACUCUCUUGUAGUCAGCAACAGGUAUCCACGGGGCGGGCCCUAUGUCAUCUGCUUCCCUGAAGGAUCUGGAGGUAGGAGGCUCUGGGUGGAGGUGCAGUGACCAGGCAGGCCAGCCCUCCAACCUCCUUCCGCAGCAGGGACUCGGUGCCCCUCUGCUAGCUGAGACAGCCUACACACACCCCAGCCCUAAUGAUUGUUCUCUCUACCUCUCCCCCAACUCCUCCUCCACCUCCUCCUCUCUGCAUGCACCUCAGAACCUGUGCCAAGAACAAGCAGUAGUCCUUGACUCAAGGUCCGUCAAAAUCAGUCGACUGAAUAACACCAUCAAAUCUUUGAAACAACAGAAGAAACAAGUGGAACAUCAGCUGGAAGAAGAAAAGAAGGCAAACAAUGAGAAACAGAAAGCCGAAAGGGAGCUAGAGGCUCAAAUCCAGAGAUUGAACAUACAGAAAAGGAAACUAACUAUAGACCUGUAUCAUACGAAACGCUCUCUCAUGUACUUUGAAGAAGAGUCGAAGGAUCUGGCUGCCCGCCUGCAACGUUCAUCGCAGCGUACGGAAGAGUUAGAGCGGGCUCUGUCUGCUGUCGCCGCCACACAGAAGAAGAAGAAGGCGGACAGGUCCUUGAACCGCAGUAAAACACUUCUCAAGAUGCAGUUAGAGCAGUCCUUACAGGAGCGGGCACUGCUGAAAGUGCACGUGACACAGAUGAAGGAGUCACUUAAACAAGUCCAGCUAGAGAGAGAUGAAUAUGCUGAACAUAUAAAAGCAGAGAGGGCCCAGUGGCAGGAGAAGAUGAGGAAAAUGUCACAGGAGGUUUGCACCUUGAAGAAGGAGAAGCAGCAUGAUAUGCAUCGGGUGGAGAAGCUGGAGAGGAGCUUGUCCCAACUCAAAAACCAGAGGUCUGAACCUCUGCACCCGGAGCCCCUAGCAGUGCCCUCUGAGGUGGAGCUGCAGCACCUGAGGAAGGAACUAGAGAGAGUGUCAGCAGAGCUCCAGGCCCAGGUGGAAAACCAUCAGCACUUAAGUCUCCUGAACCAGGCACAAAAGGAGAGGCUUCGGAGGCAGGAGGAGAGGCUUCAGGAGCAGCAAGAGAGGCUUCGAAAGCAGGAGGAGAGAAUUCAGCAGCUAGCCGAGCCACAGAGUGGCGUUGAGGAGCUGAACAACGAGAACAAGAGCGCACUGCACUUGGAGCAGCAAGUCGAAGAGCUGUAGGAGAAGCUGCGUGAGGUGGAGACAGUAACCUCGACCCAGAAGGAGCCAGAGGCAGCGGUCCCAGCCCCAGGGACUGGGGGCGAGUCUGUGAGUGAGGAGACCCCCUGGGCCCUGCAGGAAGUCAUGGAGAAGCUGGAGAGCGGCCUUAUGGAUCUCCUGGAGGAGAAGGCGGACCUGAGGGAGCAUGUGGAGAAACUAGAACUGCUAUUCGUCCAGUACUGGAGGGAGAGAUGCCCAUCCAGUGAGUGGAGGCCAGGCCCUCAUGCAGGGCGGGCAGGCGGGAGCAGGGGGUUUGCACUGUGCUCAGAUCCCCGCCUCCCUCUCUCCAAAGAUCUUUAUGAGGUGAGCCUCACCGACAGCGCCCAGCCUGCGCAAGGAGAGGCUAAGAAGGGGUCUCCCCAGGACAACCCUACUGCACAGCCCAUCAUGCAGGACCACCAGGAGCACCCAGGCUUGGGCAGCAACCGCUCUGUGCCAUUCUUUUGCUGGGCUUGGCUGCGGAGAAGAAGGAGAUAAAUAUCACCAUCAUCAAAGAGUUGAUCGAGAAAUUUUUUAAAAAGAAACAAAGUUAUAGGGUUAAUCUCCUACACAAUUCAUUUACUUCAUUCGAAUAUUAGAGCUAUUCAUGUUUAUUUGUGUUUCUAAUUUAUAGUUUAAGUUUAUUUGUAAAAAGUUAAAGGAGAGUGGGUCUCUGUGGCCUUCACUGAGGUUCACUCUGGCAUCCUUUAGCAUUUUUCGUUUUUAAUUUCAUAAUUGUAGGUCAUUAGCAUGCAUAUCGAGUUUGCCCUUACAUGGUGGGAGUUCAAACACCCAAAGACCCACUGUUUGCACAAAACUGUUCUCGCUGGUUUGGAAUAGGCUGCCAUGCUUUUUUAAUGUUAUUGCAGCAUGUAUGUUUAUUACAGAAUUCCGAUAAAAUUUGCUUAUGUUC